AUGGACUGUGUCCAAGGGAGAGUCACAGGUUUUCAUCUUCUACAAGGAGCUCUUAGUACAACUGUGAUUCCAUCAUGUAUCCCAGGAGAAUCUGACGAUAAUUGCACAGCUUUAGUUCAGACAGAAGACAAUCCACGUGUGGCUCAAGUGUCAAUUACAAAGUGCAGCUCUGAUAUGAACGGCUACUGUUUGCACGGACAGUGCAUCUACCUGGUGGACAUGAAUGAAAAUUACUGCAGGUGUGAAGUGGGUUACACUGGUGUCCGGUGUGAACACUUCUUUUUAACUGUCUACCAACCCUUGAGCACAGAAUAUGUGGCUUUGACUGUGAUUCUUAUUAUGUUGUUUCUUGUGAUAGUAGCUGGUUCCAUAUACUAUUUCUGCAGAUGGUACAGAAAUCAAAAAAGUAAAGAACCGAAGAAGGAAUAUGAGAAGGUAACCUCAGGGGAUCCAGCAUUGUCACAAGUCUGA